UUCAAACUCCAUUUUCAUAUCUUCUUCUGCUUCAGCUUGUAGCUCUCUGGUUUCAUUUUGAUCAUUCAACGACGUCGUUAAUGAGGAACGAUAGAGGAGGAACCAUGUUGGUGGAACGUACCUCCUUCCACAGACCUAAAUUCGGAGCCCUAUUGCAAUCCGACCCGAACAUACCCACCCCAAAUAAGAGAGACGACAACAACAGCAGCGUCCGUAGCUCAGCCAUGAGCCAAAGUUACUACGACAACGGCAACAACAACAGCAACGUGCAGAGCUCAGCCACGAGCCCCGGUUAUUGCGACAACAAUCCCUUUAGCGCGGCCACCAGCCCCGGCUACGCACGGGCGUUGUCCGCGACCCCCGCCUCAACUUUCGGCUACUACGACAACGACCACAGCAACGGCGAUUCAACUCCAUACGCUAUGUCGCCGUGGACGAAUGCCUCGCCGUACACAAAGUCUCCGUGGAUAACGCCGUCGCCGUUAAACCCGUUGUUGGACGAGAGGAACUUGCCGGAGAGCGGGCUUGUUGGGUCGUUGGUACGAGAGGAAGGGCAUAUAUAUUCGUUAGCGGUGUGCGGAGACUUGUUGUAUACCGGGUCGGAUAGUAAGAACAUCCGGGUCUGGAAGAACUUGAAGGACUUCACCGGGUUCAAAUCAAACAGCGGGUUAGUGAAGACCAUUGUAAUUUACGGAGAGAGGAUAUUCACGGGUCACCAAGAUGGAAAAAUUCGGGUAUGGAAAGUGUCGCAGAAAAAGCCGAGCCUUCAUAAACGGGUCGGGUCAUUGCCAACGAUGAAAGAUUUCCUUCGGAGCUCUAUGAACCCGAAGAAUUACGUGGAGGUCAGACGCCACCGCAACGUGGUGAGGAUCAGGCACUUCGACGCCGUCUCGUGUAUGAGCUUGAAUGAAGAGCUAGGGAUCUUAUACUCCGGUUCAUGGGACAAGACCGUCAAAGUUUGGAGAAUUGCCGAUUCCAAGUGUUUGGAAUCGAUAGUGGCGCACGAUGACGCCGUGAACUCAGUGGUGGUCGGUUUUGAUUCGUUGGUGUUCACCGGCUCGGCGGAUGGCACUGUGAAAGUGUGGAGGAGAGAGCUACAGGGAAAAGGGUCCACGCAUUUCUUGGUGCAGACAUUGUUGAAGCAAGAAAACGCGGUUACGGCAUUGGCGGUUAACCAAUUGGCGGCGACCGUUUACUGCGGCUCGUCGGACGGGAACGUGAAUUACUGGGAAUACAGGAAGAAACUUACGCUUGGCGGGGUCCUCCGCGGCCACAGGCUCGCCGUGCUCUGCCUUGCCACAGCCGGGAACUUGCUUUUUAGCGGCUCGGCGGACAAGAACAUCUGCGUGUGGAGGAGGGAGCUCGGGCAGGGAGGAGCUCACACUUGCCUGUCGGUCUUGACGGGCCACUUAGGCCCAGUUAAGUGCCUGACAGUGGAGGAAGACCACUGCUGCGCCGAGGACAAAACUGACCAGAAAUGGAUCGUGUACAGUGGGAGCUUAGAUAGGUCAGUUAAGGUGUGGCGGGUUUCGGAGCAAGCACCGGACUUGAGGAAGGUGUUGUUGUCGGAGAAGGAAGACAAUUCUUCGCCGGACCUGACCAACUAUUCUAUCACUACUGAAAGGUAAAGGGAGUACGUACGUAGAAGAAGAUGACGAUAUUCGAUUCUCUGAUCAGACGUGAAGAACACGCGCUGUCGCAGAAGAUGAUGUCGGUCUGUUUGUCCGGUGGCCGGUGGUCCCUUCAGCAACGCGCCAAUAGCUUCAGACGAAGAAGAAGGGCACCGACCGGUGCAGAGUUGAGUGGUGGUGGGUGUGGGAGGAGCCUUCGUAUAAAGGCUAAAAAGGUACACCAUUGAACAGUACGGACAAUUCGAAAGGCUGAUUGUAGCAUGCAAAAGAUGCACAUGCAAAAUGGACCACAAUUUGGUUGCAUUGUUGCCACAGAUAUAGAAUUAGCUUGGUUUGUGUUAUCAUAUUUGGGUGAGUAGAUUAUAUUACCCACAGUUAUUUGCAGUGUGUUAUGGUAUGUAUAGUUUGUUCUCUG